AUGGAAGGUUGGUUGUUGCCACCUACGGGGAAGUUCAAACUCAAUGCCAAUGGGGCCUUUAACCUCGGUGCCAAGGCAGGAAUGAUGGGAGCUAGGUCUGAUAAGAGAUUACAAAGGACAAUGGGUCGUGGGUUGUGGGUUUCCACAAGAACAUUCGCUUUGCAAUCCUCCAGUACCAUGGUGGAAUGUUGGGCUAUCCGUGAGGGCCUGAAAUUAGCCUUGGACAGGAAUCUGUUCGGGAUCCUCAUUGAAACAGACUCGCGUGCAUCCACCCAGCUGAUCAUGGAGGAAACGCAGGAUGGUCAUGAACUUGGUAACAUUAUUUUUGAUUGCAGGUCAAUGCUCCGAACGCUUGGGAGCGAGGUGAAACACAUCUUCAGGGAAGCUGAUGUUUGUGCCGAUGUUCUUGCGGGGCUGUCUGCCUGUCUUGCCCAUCAGGAAAAUUUAGUUAUUUUCGAUUGUAUUCCUAACUGCCUCAGGCAGAGCUUGAAUGAUGACUCUAUGGGAAAGAAAUUUCCUAGAACUCAGUUCAUCAGUUAA